AUGGCUUCCUGUAAACAUGCCGGAUGGCUUCGUGUCAUAGAGAACCGCGAUUCGAAAGAGCUUAUUAUAGAAAGAACCGAUCGACUGGGUGCUCUGGUUCGCGAAAUGCCCGAGCCAGACUUUCAACGCCCGCAGCUUUGUCUCUUCUUGGGUACCUCAACGAAAGAUGAGGCUAUGCGGAACAUCUUUAAUCGAAAUAACAUACGCCGUGGAGAUCGAGCAAAUGUCAACCUACGGGUUGAUACGACAUCUUUGACGAGCGACAAUCCUGUGCUUUUUGCAGAUAGCAAUCCCUUCCAAAUUCCUCUUUCCGAAAAGACUCACGUGUGGUGUCAUGAAACUACGUCUUAUUCUACAACAUGGCACACAACUGCAUCGCGCGCCGUCAUCGACGUUCUAUAUUCCAGACUCGUCUUCACUUUCAGCGAUGUCAUUUGCAUGUUUGCCGAUGACUUUCAGACAUUAGAAGCAAUUAUGCUACGCUUAAUAGCGUGGGUUGAGGUGCAAAAUGCUUCUUCGCUGCCUUCCGAUACGCGUCCUAGACUGCUCAUUAUUGUUUCGGAAGAUGGCAAGUUUAGCGAGGCUCGCAUAGAGGACUACCUGGCCUCAUCUAACCUUGGACGCCAACUUUCAUCAGGCUUUUCCACACUCAAGAUCUUUCAACUAGCAGGCAAAUACCUUUCCCCGUCUACCCGCUACCAACGGCUCCAUGCAGAGAUUCGAUAUCAUAUGGAAGAAUCGAGAGCGAUAAAAUCGAGCCUUAGGUGCCUUUUCUCCGCCACUCACCUUCUACAUUUUUUCAACUCCGCAGUGAAGCACACAGCGCAUAACCCAGGAGAGGUACUCGACUUUAUUAGGGUCGCGAGAGACUCAGAUCCAGUUAAAGCAGACCACCAUGUAUAUCUGCAGAAGUUUCUCAAGCUCUGCGUUCACUUCAAAAUCUCAUACAGCAUAGUCGCAGCAUUUGUUGCCUCAAGCAUUAUGAUGAAUGCGUACCCGAAAAGGAUGCAUCUUUUUGACCCGUAUUUGAUAUACCGUAACCUAUAUAGGUCUCAUUGCAAUAAGGCAUUUCAAUUCUCCUAUGGAGCACAGUGCUCUACCUAUUUGGAUCGAGAGGUUCAAGCUCAGUGUGACCGUAUAUUCGAGGCGCUAGAGGACGGAUAUACGGAUGCUGCACAGCUUCAUAGAGGAACCGCUGAAAAGUAUAGCAGUUUCCUACGCCAGGUUGUGACAAACACAGUCUGUAUCUGGUGCCUUUGCCGACCUCCCGAGAGACAUUUGAGCUGCGGUCACUCAAUAUGUGACGUAUGCGCCGCUUCAUUUGGCAUUCCUCUUCCAAAAUCGGACACUCAAACCCGGCUAGACUGUCUUUUUGAUGAUGGCGGAGAAUUACUGGUGAAUAUCAAACCACCAACAGCUGGGGUGAGGCUUAUAGGCAUUGAUGGUGGUGGUGCGCGAGGUGUGACGCCCCUCGAGUUCCUAGGUGAAUUACAGAAAUUACUUGGAGAAUGUCCAAUCCACGACAUGAUUGAUCUUGCACUUGGUACAAGUUCAGGUAAGUCUUCGAUAGUGUUAGCUGCAGAAUACAUGACUGACAGACCAGGGGGUCUAACUGUACUGGCCAAAUUCCAUCAAAAGUGGCCUGUCUCCCAUUGUGCUAGUGUGUUUGAGACUCUUGCCCGUCGAUGUUUUUCAACCUCUGACUCCGCGUUGGGUCGAUUGAAAGCGGUGGUCAAAUAUAUAACUAGCGAUGCAAUGUACGACGAGCGAUUUCUGGAAGGUGCCCUUCAAGAGACUUUGCCCGGACAGUUAUUUGGUUACGUCCCUGGGAUAGUAUCUGGGACGAAGGUGGCCCUUACUGCGACGUCUGGUGGGAACGCACGUUCAAUAUUCACAAACUACAACGGCUCAGCACAACCGAUGGUGGUUCGACCUGAAAACAAUCACGACGAAGCUUCGUUAUGGCAAGCAGCUCGUGCAACGACAGCAGCCCCUAUUUUCUUUAAGCCUAUUACGGUGGCUGGUCAAGAGUUUUGGGACGGUGGGCUUGGGUUUCCCAACCCUAUUGAAUUAGCAAUGUGGGAGUCUUCCCGUAUCUGGGAUAAAAAUAUAUCCCACGAUGUUACCAUCUCUCUAGGCACCGGAGAGGCCUCUAAGGGCUUACCUAGGAGAAAAACCCACUCCCUACAGAGAUUAUGGACUUCUUUCAUGGAUUUCCUCGAUGGACACACUAAAUAUGGUGAUGUCAGAAAUGGGUUGGAUGAGCAACGCAGGCAAGACUUCUUUCGUUUGAAUACUGAGCUUCCAUUCCCAAUUCGGCUGGACGAUAUUCAAAGUAUACCACUACAGAAAGAGCAGAUACACCUGCGCCCGCAAGGUCAGCUUAUUGAAGUUGCAACAGCGCUCUUGGUUUCAAACUUUUACUUUCAGCUUGAUACAUCUCCCAUCUAUGAUGGAGGCUUCUAUUUAUGUGAAGGCUCGAUUAGGUGUCGGGGCGUCUACAACAAUAUAGUCAACGCUCUCAUAACUCUACAUCAGCCUGAGAUGGAGUUUGUUACUGCGAAUGAGACCCUCGCCUCGCUGGAUUUACAAGCCUGUCAAAUGUGCUCCCUUUACAACAAACAUGUUUCAUUCUACGUCCGACACCCUACGGAAACUGUCACAAUAUCGCUGCGGUUGGCAAAAGGCAUUGAAAGGAAGAUAAGCGGCUUUCCUAAAAGUAUGCAAUGUUUUGAGGUACAACAGGGCCUCGACUCUCCUUUCACCGGCCCUAGAAGCUGUCAGAAGAUUCGAGACUGCUCAACCUGUUCCAGAUUAUGCAAAAGGAAGAAUCGGGAUAGCAUGGCUUCCAUUCACACAAAGCGUGUAAGGAGAUAG